AUGACGACGGAAGGCGACAAUUCCGCGUCUAUCCACCCCGCACAACCUGGGAUAAGGCUUCCCCAGCAGCUGCAGCAGACCUCUCAUGAAGAACCAGGCUCCAUAGAGGUCUCCAGAGAAGUGGCGCUGUUCCUUAUCGAGAUCUACUUCGAAAGGCACUACCAGGCCGAUCUACUGUUCCACAAAAGAGACUUUAUACGGAGCUACAAGUCUGGGCGCAUAUCUGACCAAGUCUCGCGAGCCAUCUUUGCUUUUGCCUCCGUGUACGUUUCGUAG